CACAUUCCGCGCGGAGCUGUCAGCAAGGAGCGCGAGUUGGAGAGGGCACUGUCGCGUCUGCGAAGGGACCUCUUCAGUCACUCCCAGGGGAAUAAAGGACCGACGCCAAGGAGCAGGGAUGCCUUACAUGCUCAUCAGUACGCAGAUCCGACUGGAGAACGGUCCAACAAAUGUGGGAGAUGAAUUUUCUGAUCCGGCAGUCAUGAAUUACCUGGGAGCAAGAAAAACAACCAUGCUGGGAAACAAUUUCUCUGAAUACCAUGUGGACGACCCCCCUCGCCUGGUGCUCGACAAGCUCGAGAAGAUUGGCUUCCGCGUGCUGACGAUGACGGGCGUGGGACAGACGCUGGUGUGGUGUCUGCACAAGGAGACGGAGUGAGCGAUCACCAAGCGACUGCUGACUGUAGCAGAAUACCUCUAUAAGCCUUAAAAAGGACGAAUGAAUCGUGCUCAAAAGCUUUGUCACCUGUUUUUACCCAGGGUUUUAUUUGUUAUUUACUUUGCCUGCUCUUCUAGCUUUAAAAUCAGCUCUUUGUGGAAGUGAAAGCAAUGUUUUAAAGUUGAGAUUAUCCCUGACAUAAGGUUUCAGAUUACCUGCAGAGGGUCGUAGGUUACCAAUUUCAAGGCAAAAACCACAUUCCAGAGCUUUUGUAAGUUGUUGCUGUUUACUACUGAUGACCAAGAGUAGGAAGUGAAGUAGUUUAAAUGUACCAUAUUAUAUAUUAUAUAGCCUCAACCAGCUGUCCUGCACUUCCAAGCAAACUACACUAUGCUUGAUAGGCUUGUACAUAAAUCAAUGUGUAAAGAUGCUUUUUUUUAUCGUGUGAUUAUGAUUAAAUGAUGUAAUGAUCUGGAA